UGCGUGUAACGUUCCCCGCGGAAGUUGAUCUGAUGAGAAAAAAAAGAUUUUAAGACAGUUGAAGCUGGGUGAAAGGCGAAAAGACCAAUAUUUUCCUCUGGCGGCUCGGUAGCCGGUUGCAGAAACAAAACAACGGUAGGAUGAUAAUGUUGGGGUGCGGCAUGCUGGAGCAGCACAGGCUGGCUAUUCGGAAAAGCUCUUAUGCUCUGUGCAAGCAGCUGAUGGUGGAUGAGGCGCUCGUACAGUCGCUGCUGGCAGACAACAUCCUAACUGAGAGCAUGGCAGAGACUAUCUUGGCUGAACCAACGUCUCAGAAACGCAGCUUUCGUUUGACUCUUCUCCUGCCAAAGCGAGGACCCAGAGCCUUCAGCAGCUUCUGCUCCGCACUCCGAGUAACGGAGCAGCAGCACCUGUGUGACCUGCUUACACAAGAGCUCGAGAAGGACGACAGAGAGACUCAUGUGGAUAGUUUUCAGCCUGAGAAAGAGCCAGAGAGAAAGGCAGGGCCACUGGAGAGAAAGAGAACUGAGAGGUCUCCGCUUCCUCUUCCAACUCAGGAGGAGUCUGCAGUAAAGAGAGCAAGAACACAUCAUGAGUCUAUGGAGUAUAGUUUGUAUGCCGACAGUCCCAUCAUCAACACUCCCGUUCUCCCGUGCACAUCUGACUUUUAUUUCUCUCGCCGCCAGCAGUCUUACAGUAUGACGUCUUCUCCUCGAGGCUUGGCCUUGAUCAUCAGUAACGUGACCUUUGACUCUCGUACUGCUGUCGACCUCGACCGAAGGAAGGGAGGUGAGGUGGAUGAAGAGGUCCUCAGGAAGGUUUUCACAGAGCUGGACUACAUCGCCAGUGUCCACAGAGACCUUACCGCUCAGGAAAUGAGGGAGUGCAUGGAGGCGUUCUGCAGGAAGCCAGAGCACCGGACUUUGAGCAGCUGUGUGGUGUGUCUGCUCUCCCACGGAGUGGAAGGAGCCGUGUAUGGUACUGACGGGCAGCUUCUUCAGCUGGACUGGGUGUUUGAGGCCUUUGACAACGCACGCUGUCCGCUGCUUCAAAACAAACCAAAGAUGUUUUUCAUCCAGGCCUGCAGAGGAGAAGAGCUGGACUGUGGCGUAGAGCAGAUAGACGGGCCGGGGAGGACCCUCUCACCAAGCUGCGAGCAGCGGGAUGCUGGGAGGGAGGAAGCGGGGGAUGCAGACUCCACUCAGAUAGGGGACAUGAGGAGACCCAGGAUUAAGUUGCCCCAGAGGUCAGACAUGAUCUGUGGCUUCGCAUCCCUCAAAGGUCAGAGAAUUUGUACGGCAGCCAUGCGAAACACCAAGAGAGGGUCCUGGUUUAUCCAGGAACUCAACGCAGCACUCCGCCUUCAUUCCAAAGACACACACCUCGCAGACAUUCUUGUUCAGGUCAACAGACGCAUCAAAGAGAGGGAGGGUUACGCCCCGGGCACCGCCCACCAUCGCUGUAAAGAGAUGUCAGAGUUCACCAGCUCACUCUGCAAACACCUGUACCUGUUCCCCAAGUACCAGCCUCAGUACUGAUACGCAACAGAGCACUUUAGAGGAACACACCGAGCAUUCCUCACACUGGAACCGUUCAGUAAAGGGCGGCACAACGGCUCAUCUCACAGCAAUUACUGCCACAAACUCACAUAACACACACACACACACACACACACACACACAGGUCUUCAAAGGAAACAGGAGUGUUUGUGUUAUAUGUAUUCUGCAUGACACACACACACGGAUUUCUCUGUGUAUGCCAGUUUUGGUGUUUUUAUGUGGAUCCUCGUCCAUUCCAGCUGCACAACGUCUCUUUUUAACGUGCAUUUUUUACACAGAUCUAUUUUUGUGGUUCGUUUUUGUAUCAAGUUGGUUUUAAAAGACUUUUUUAAGCCGAUGUUUUUAUUUGUACAUGUCUGUAGUUUUUACUGUGUCGACAGGCAGAGGGCAGCACCACAGAGACAAACGCCUUUCAUCACCUCACAGUCAUCCAAGUUAUUCAUGAAUUAUUCAUCUUGAUUGUUACGACAGCAGACGGCCAUAAAGCAGACCAAACCGAAGCAAGUCAAAACUUUAUUUUGUUUCCUCUGUGAGGGGAAAACACUUACAGGGCGUCUUCAAAAGGAAGUUUUCAACAUUUUAAUCAGUCGUUUAGUUUUAGAAAUACUCCGUCAGGUUUUAAUUUUACAACAACACCCACUUAUGUUCCGCAGGCUUUUCCUGUCCCUUACGGGGUGGUGGGCUGGAACGUGGUGCUACUCGUGAGUCGUUCAGCUACAUUAUUCUCUGCUUUUAUAGCAUUUGACUCUGACAGAGGGAUAUAUUUAGUGUCAUAGUGUAUCCUACUGUACCGAUAGUAAAUAUAAAGCACGUCUUCCAUAAAUAACAUGCAGUUACAGCGUCCUGUGCCAUGGUCAGAUAAAUAAUUAGAUUAAAGCGAUAUUUGAUCCCUUAAAAGGAACUCCGGCGAAGAGGACGUGUAUGCCCUAAUAAGCCACAAGUUUUCUGUUGUACCAAAAUAUGUUGUUAGAAACACACAAAAUAUUGCUGUUUAUUUAUGAAUCUGUAGUAUUUAGUACUUUUUUUUUUACAUACGUAGGACGCCAUGUUGUCCACACACAACGCACUCUGGGGGCGAUGACGUAUAUUGGUUGCUCUUGGAAGAAUAGCUAUUGACGCUAGAGUUUGUUUACCCGCUCACCGUAUUAAUAAUUAAGUAAAAUGCCGCAUUGUGCUGCUUUUGGAUGUAAUUUCCAGUCGGGGCAACAAGAGGAGUGAUGUGAGUUUACACACAUCCGCGGCUGUGUUCCCAACAUUUUUCUCCUGAUGCGUUUGAGGCUUGUAGUCGACUACAACUACUUAAAGAGCUCACCGGAGCGGCUGGGUAUAAGAGAAGGCGGAAACUAAAUGCUGUACCGACCGUUUUCCCACACAAGGAGCCUAAACGCCCUCGGAGAGACAAGAGACGCUGGACGCUCUCCUGAGCCGACAACCCGUUCCUGCAGCUGCCGCUUCUGUCACGUUCAGCGAACCAUCGGACACGCCACUCGUGUCACGGAUGACGAUGAACAUUCACCUCUCCCGUCAUUAAAACAAGCAGUAAGUGUAGCAAUACAGUGUUCUCCAAAUAUAUAAUAUCUGUAAAAAUGAUCAAAGUUGUUUCACUGAAUAUCCUGAUCAUCCUUGAAGCACACGACAGCUCUGGAUGCUAAAAUUCUCAAAUGAUUCAUAAUUAAAUAAGUUUGAUCACGUGAUAGCUUACCGUUAACUUCUGUUGACAAAAAUGUGAGCACCCUCCCUCUCUGUCACCAUUUGCCGCACACGCACCACCGGUUUGGUCCUGCUCUCGCUUCAUCCCGCCCUUCUUGCUCUUCAUGUUGGUGCUCGUUUUGUGAAACAUCAUCUGUGAUGUUCUCAUUAACUCACUGCAAAUGACGACUAAAGUCGUCAUCUAAACAUUUGUUUUUACUGUGUGGGCAUCGGAACGAGCCCCCGCACUGAGAGCACAAACAUCUCAGCUCUAAAGCCGAUCUUCAUCCGCGUACGUCACACAUCACAUGAUCAGGAAGCAGGAAAAUCCACGUGUUAGGAGAUCAUUUCAGGCCGUUCCUGUAAAAAAAAGUGAGGCGUGAACCAGAAAAGCUGCUGAUCACAAUUCAACAACGGAUUAUGAAAGAACGGAUAAAGCUCGAAACGCGCGGAUUCUUCCUGAUGUAAGAGGUGUCUCUGCUUUGUUUUGGUUGUUUUGGCGUCGACAUCAUCCUAGCGCGCAGCGUUCUGUGACUCAAAAAAAAAAACAGUAAAAACGGCGAGAAACGCUGGCAGUGAAUGAGUUAACGUUUAACUCUGGUUCAAGUAGAAAAGGCUGAACAGAUGACAUGUUGAUGUCGCUGAACAGUCCCUACAGGGUACAACCACAUGACGUCACUACCCAGAGUGCAUUGCAACGCUAACAACAAUGGCGACCUAUGAGUUAAACUAUUCUUAAAAAUUUUAUAAAAAUGAAGACAUUAAGAAGAUUUUUUACACCGUUUUAAUAUAACUGAUACUAACAUUUGUCGUUUAAGAACCACAACGUUUUGUAACCUGGGUUCCUUUUAAGGACUUUUUCUGUGUGAAGCCUAUAAAUAAUUACCCGGUGUUGGGAACUUCUUCUAUGGCCACUCUAUGAAUAUAUUAUAACUGAUAACAGCUAGUCCAAGUGCAGCAAAACUGCUAUAUAGGACAUUGAAAGGGCCAAAAUUUCUCUUAAAACCACUGUGAUGCUUUCAUGUUGUAUUAUUUCUCUGUUAGCCCAGAAUUUAUAAAAUUAGUUCUGACAGCUCUGCUAGCAUUGUUAGUAAAGCUUUUAACACCAAAAUUAUGCUGAUUACAACCGAAAGUGUUGUAUUAAAGAGGUAGGGCAUGCUCUUUAAUCAGUAUUGGUUGGUAAACCUACAAAAUGGCUCUUAAGAAUGUUUUAGGAGAAUAUUAAAAAUCAAAAACUUACGUUAAUGUUGGGAUGAAAAGUUUAGGAUGUAAGUAUAUUCUGCUACGCUGCCCGUGUACUGUUUUCAAAUUAUAAUGCAGAUUGUAUUUAGGUGUCAAACACCUUUUUGUUUGGUUUUUCUAUUACAGUUUUUCUCAAUUGCUAAAGCACAAUUCCCGUCACAUGUAAUAUUUUCCCUCCUGAGGCAACGGGGGGAAAAGCCUCUGGUGUGCCGUAUCCAGACUUGACAUGAUUCCUCACCUAUAUCACCACAGGCUAAAUCCAUGGCUUGCAGCAGAUUUACUCUGAUGUAGAGCUGUCUAUCAUACACUUUCCAUCUCCAAGAGGAAAAAAAACUCUUCAAUCGGAUUCAGGAAAGGCGAGUAUGGAGGGAGAUACAGGUUCAUAAACUGCCCAUUGAUGAUAAACCAUUCCCUCACUUGAGCAGCUCAGUGGAAACCGACAUUGUCCCACACUAUUACAUAGGUUGGGAUGGGACCCAGCUCUUCACCCUGCUGCUCUUGAACCUGCUGCUCAAAUAAUGCAUCUCUUAGACUGACAAGAAAUCUGAGAAGAUGCUGGGUGUUACAAGGCCCCAAUGUAACAUGAUGAUGUAUAACACCAUGGUUGCACAGAUUGUGACAUUGCCACCUCGUUGACCAGGGACUUCCAACAAUGGCCCGCUGUCCAAUAAUUUUUUGGCCUCUCCUUCUCCUCUUCUGAAGAUUGAAGCCUGCUUCAUCAACAAAGAUGAACUCAUGGGAUCUGUCCAAGGAUUCCAAGUCAAAUAUUGUCUGUGUCGAAAUACAAUAUAGAAUUGUGUAAGUUGUACAGAGUCCGUGCUAUGCUGUAGAGUACAAUUAGGAAUAAUGUAAACACUUCCGAUUUAUAUAGAUUGCACUCAAGAGUAAUGUCUUUCAUAUAGUGUGUGCUGACAAUCUGGAUUACUGUAAAUGUGUCUGGAUGUACACUUACUUGCACAUACUGAGCUCGCAGUUCUUUCACCCUUGGCAAGUUGCGCUCAAAAGGUACUCUGUAAUUGUGUUUCAUUCGCAGCCUGUUACGAUUGAGGACACGGUUAAUUGUGGAAAUUCUCACACUGUCGAUUCCCUGGAAGUGUGUUGUCUUGUAUCACUCGCUCCUGAAUUUCUCUGAGUCAUAUUGUGUUGUUUGAAGGACCAUGUCCACUAUAUCGGUCUCCUGCUCCUGAGUGAAUAUAGCAGUCCUUCCACCUGCUCAAGGCAUCCUUGCAAUUCUAUGAAUAGUAGAUAUGCAGUUACAAAAACAUUUAUGCAGUGCAAUACAGGGAUGAAUCUAGCAAAUGUCUAUUGGAACAGCUGCAUAUACAAUGUGGUAGAGUAAACUAUACCUGUUCUCUUCUCUGAAUGUCCUUACUAUGGAGGACACAGAAAAUCGGCUCAAACUGGGUCGCACUCUAAGUCCUGUUUCCCUCAUUGUCAGCCCAUGGACAACAACAUGGUCUAUGAUUGUAGUUCGGAUAUCAUUUUAUAUUUCCACUCUUUGUCUUGCUCUUCCUCUUCGUUCUCUUUCUUGCCCUCCUCCUCAUCCCCCACCUCGCAUACGCACCCGUCCUCGUCCUCACACAUGAAUUCUUCUAUCCACUGUCACACUUUCUCAUUCCCACCUUCAACAACCUGUUUGCUCUCUGAACUUGCUUAUAUUGGUUGUCACAUCAUCUGAAACAAGUGAAAUCGGUUUUCACGGAUUGUGUUCAAUCAAUGACAUUUGUGCUCUUGUUAUGGGUAAAUGUUUGCCACUUGUGUUUACCAUUAAGGACGACAUGUUCAUUAGAAUGCAGAAUGGGUUUUAUGAAUGAAAAUGUGUUUAGAAUUUCGCUAAACCGUGUGAAAUGGUUUAAGGUUUUGACAACAGGCUCAACAGUUAGCUUAAUGAGUUCAAGCAACUGAGAACUUUCUUCAGUCAAUGGAUUUUGGUGUUUUAGCAAUUGAGAAAAACUGUAAACUCAUGAAUGAUAAUGUGACCUAUGGCUCAUGGAAAUUAAUGUCAGACACCUGUGUGGUGAGAUGUGAGUGUAUAUAUAUACACACACACACAGACGUGUUGCGAUAAAACGAGUCAAUAAAAAGUUCCCAUUGUA